CAGCCCCGCCUUCCCUUCCCUCCGCCCACCUCCCUGAAGCUGAGCCGCCGCCGCCAGCAGCGCCGUCAUGUCGGCCCCCGCCGAAUCCCCUCAUCCGGCCGCCAGCGCCCGAAUCCCGCCCAAGCUUGGAGGAGCCGCAGCCUCAGGAGCCGCCGCGCCCGCCGGCCCGGGCCCGGCGCCGCACCAGCAGAACGGUCCAGCACAGAAUCAAAUGCAUGUUCCAUCAGGGUAUGGAUUGCAUCCUCAAAACUAUAUUGCUCCCUCAGGACAUUAUCCUCAAGGACCUGGGAAAAUGACCUCAUUGCCAUUGGAUAGCCAAUGUGGUGAUUACUACUCUGGUCUCUAUAUUGUACCGACACAAAAUGUGGUGACUCCUAACACAGCAAACCAACAACCAGGAGCACAGCAGAUGUAUGGCAGGGGUCCUCCUGCUCCUCAUAUUGUAGGAUCCACUCCGGGACCUUUCCAGGGUGCCGCUUCAUCAGCAUCCCAUUUGCAUACGAGUGCCUCCCAGCCGUACUCCCCUUUUGUGAAUCACUACAGUAGUCCAGCCAUGUACUCUGCCAACUCUUCUGUUGCUUCUCAGGGAUUUCCCUCUACUUGUGGUCACUAUGCUAUGUCAACUGUUUCUAAUGCUGCGUAUCCUAGUGUUUCAUAUCCCUCUCUGCCUGCUGGUGAUCCAUAUGGGCAACAAAUGUUUACCUCACAGAAUGCUCCGACUGUCCGGCCGGUUAGAGAUAAUUCAUUUUCUGGUCACAGUACAGCUAUCAGUCAUUCAUCACCGCUUCCACCUCCACCAUCACACCAGUACCACCAGCAGCAGAGUCUUUCAGGAUGCAGUACUCUCUCGUGGUCAGCUUCAGGCCUUCCGUCAACCCAAGAUAAUCUCCUCCGAAACCACAGUGGCUCCCUGGCUACAGCCAACAGCAACCCAACAAAUACUGUUGCAGAUUCUUUAUCUUGUCCUGUUAUGCAAAAUGUUCAGCCUCUCAAGUCCAGCCCAGUCGUAUCCUCUGUUUUGUCAGGAGCCUCAUCAACAAGAACACCUCCUGCUGCAAAUCGCCCAGUUGAGCCUGUAGCCUCAGUUACACAGCCAUCAGAGUUAUUACAACAGAAAGGCAUGCAGUAUGGUGACUAUGUUAAUAAUCAAGCUAGCUCCGCACCAACUCCCUUGUCAUCAACUUCCGAUGAUGAGGAAGAGGAGGAGGAGGAUGAGGAAGCAGGUGUUGACAGCUCUUCUACCACAAGCAGUGCUUCUCCAGUGCCCAACAGUUACGACGCCCUGGAAGGAGGCAGCUACCGAGAUAUGCUUUCUUCAUCAGCAAGCAGUCCUGCUCCUGAUCCUGCUCCUGAACCUGACCCUGCUCCAGCUUCAGCUCCUACUGCUCCUCAGCCUUCAAAAAUGGCUAAGCCAUUUGGGUAUGGCUAUCCAACUCUUCAGCCUGGUUAUCAGAAUGCUACAGCACCACUUAAUUCUGGAGUACCUCCCAGUAGCCCAGUGUAUUCUGGAUUCCAGCAGUAUGCUCAACAGUAUCCUGGUAUGAACCAGCUGUCCUCCAGUCUGGGAGGACUGAGUCUUCAAAGUUCUCCACAACCAGAAAGUCUGAGACCUGUAAACCUCACCCAGGAGAGGAAUAUUUUACCCAUGACUCCUGUUUGGGCUCCUGUACCUAACUUGAAUUUAGACCUCAAAAAAUUAAACUGUAGCCCAGAUUCAUUUCGGUGUACUUUGACAAAUAUUCCACAGACCCAGGCUUUACUGAAUAAAGCUAAGCUUCCUUUAGGAUUGCUGUUACAUCCUUUCAGAGACCUGACGCAAUUACCAGUGAUAACAUCAAACACCAUCGUGAGGUGCCGGUCAUGUCGAACAUAUAUCAACCCUUUUGUAUCCUUCAUUGAUCAACGUAGAUGGAAAUGCAAUUUGUGCUAUAGAGUUAAUGAUGUUCCUGAAGAAUUUAUGUAUAACCCCCUAACUCGAUCUUAUGGAGAGCCUCAUAAACGACCAGAAGUUCAGAAUUCAACUGUGGAAUUCAUUGCUUCUUCAGAUUACAUGCUUCGUCCUCCUCAACCUGCAGUUUACUUAUUUGUUUUAGAUGUAUCUCAUAAUGCAGUGGAAGCUGGAUAUUUGACAAUUUUGUGCCAGUCGUUGUUAGAAAAUCUAGACAAGCUUCCUGGAGAUUCACGAACAAGAAUAGGGUUCAUGACCUUCGAUAGCACUAUUCAUUUCUACAAUUUACAAGAAGGAUUAUCACAACCUCAAAUGUUGAUUGUGUCUGAUAUAGAUGAUGUUUUUCUACCUACACCGGAUAGCUUACUUGUGAAUCUGUAUGAAAGUAAAGAGCUUAUAAAAGACUUAUUGAAUGCAUUACCAAAUAUGUUCACCAAUACAAGAGAAACACACAGUGCCCUUGGUCCUGCGCUUCAGGCUGCCUUUAAAUUAAUGUCUCCAACAGGUGGCCGUGUGUCUGUAUUUCAGACACAGUUACCUUCCUUGGGUGCAGGACUUCUGCAGUCCAGAGAAGAUCCUAAUCAGAGAUCAAGCACAAAGGUUGUACAGCAUCUUGGCCCUGCAACGGAUUUUUAUAAGAAACUGGCUUUAGAUUGCUCAGGGCAGCAGACUGCAGUGGAUCUGUUCCUCUUAAGUUCACAGUAUUCUGAUCUUGCUUCUCUAGCUUGCAUGUCCAAGUAUUCUGCAGGGUGCAUCUAUUAUUACCCAUCUUUCCACUAUACUCACAAUCCUUCACAAGCAGAAAAGUUACAGAAAGACCUGAAACGGUAUCUCACAAGAAAAAUUGGGUUUGAAGCUGUUAUGAGAAUAAGGUGUACUAAAGGUCUUUCAAUGCACACUUUUCACGGAAACUUCUUUGUCCGUUCCACUGAUUUGUUAUCCCUUGCCAACAUCAAUCCUGAUGCUGGAUUUGCAGUACAGCUGUCAAUCGAAGAAAAUUUGACAGAUACUUCCUUAGUGUGCUUUCAGACAGCUUUAUUAUAUACAUCAAGCAAAGGCGAACGGAGAAUUAGAGUGCACACGCUCUGUUUGCCAGUAGUGAGUUCACUAGCAGAUGUGUAUGCGGGAGUGGACGUGCAGGCUGCCAUCUGCCUUCUGGCAAACAUGGCUGUUGAUCGAUCCAUCUCCUCAAGCCUAUCAGAUGCAAGAGAUGCCUUAGUGAAUGCUGUCGUGGAUUCCUUAUCUGCAUACGGCUCAACAGUCUCAAAUUUACAGCACUCUGCCCUGAUAGCACCCAGCUCCCUCAAGCUGUUUCCUCUCUAUGUUUUGGCCCUUCUUAAACAGAAAGCAUUUAGAACUGGUACAAGCACACGCCUGGAUGAUCGUGUAUAUGCCAUGUGUCAGAUAAAGUGUCAGCCACUUGUUCAUCUAAUGAAAAUGAUUCAUCCCAACUUAUACAGGAUAGACAGAUUGACAGAUGAGGGUGCGAUACAUGUUAAUGACAGGGUCGUACCUCAACCACCUCUUCAAAAAUUAUCUGCAGAAAAACUGACAAGAGAAGGUGCUUUCCUUAUGGACUGUGGCUCUGUUUUUUACAUUUGGAUUGGAAAAAGCUGUGACAAUAAUUUCAUAGAGGAUGUGCUUGGGUAUCCUAAUUUUGCAUCAAUACCACAGAAAAUGACGCAUCUUCCAGAGCUAGAUACACUUUCAUCAGAAAGAGCGAGAUCCUUUAUCACUUGGCUUAGAGACAACAGACCAUUAAGCCCAAUUCUUCAUGUGGUAAAAGAUGAGAGUCCUGCCAAAACAGAAUUUUUUCAACAUUUGAUUGAAGACCGAACAGAAGCUGCAUUCUCUUACUAUGAAUUUUUGCUUCACAUUCAGCAGCAGAUUUGUAAGUGAAGUGAAAUAAAAUUGAGUAAGAAGCAAAAGAUCCGUAGCCUGAGUAAAGCGUACUCUGUCAGAGAAGCACACAGGCUGUUUGAAAUGAAGGCAUUUGUUGUCACAAGACACAGUGCGUAGCAUAGCACCCCGAGGCUUUGGCAGAAGGUAAAGGGGAAGAGAGAACUCGACAGAUUUUCUUCAGCCCGAAUUAGUGGUCAUGACGAUGCUGUUUCACCAAGUAUAUUUUGAGUUGGUUUCUACACAUUUUCAGUAGUGCAGCAGUACAGUGCCCUGUUCAUUGCAAGCUGGCAAAUUUAUGUAGCUAUGUGGAAUGGUAUGUCCUAAUGUCAAGUUAGGUAAAUCCCUUUUUCCUAUACUUAAUAUAACAUUUCUGGACUUGAAACUCUGACGAGAUGCCAAAAGGCAGUGGUACCGUGUUACUUGUUUAUAUGAAUUACUUUUUAACAAGGAAUGAUUUGUAUUCAUUAAAUGAAUUCAAUAUUUUCCCUGUAAAAACAAUAGCAUUUCAGUACAUGAACUAUAGAAAAAUAUAUAUAAUGUACAUAAAUGUUACAUUUGUAAAGAAAAUGUAAAAAUGUAACUACAAAAUAUGAAUUGCUUAAACUGUGCUGCAUCGUUGGAUGACAACUCUUUUGUCACAGUUAGAGAAUGAGGUUGACUAAUGCAUAUGAUGAAUUGAGUCCACAAAAGAAAUACAACACUCUUUGUAAUUCUGUUAAAUCUUUUAUGUGGAUUUAUUUAUGAUCAGCCUACUAAUUAAAAAUAUUUUGCUUGACAAUAUUUGGUGUCUUUUUGUGUGUGGGGAGGGUUGUUGGUGUUACUUUUACAUAUAGGAUAUGUUGAAUUUACUACUUGAAUUUAGUGAUAUCCGUGAAUCAAUACGUUUUUAUUACUUUGUGGACAUUACCAAGUACUUACUCUGUUUGUAUUCUAAAAGCCAAUGUUACUUUCAAAAUACAUACAAGUAUUGACUAGGAAUAACUUAAUUUGUCUUUCUCAGUUAAAUUAGGCAUUUUUUUCCCUAUACAUUCAUAGCAAGAAAAUUUUCAUGACAUAGUGACUAUCCUAUUUGUUAAGAUUACCAUCUUGAAUUUUGAGAGUCAUUUUAUUCUAAUGAAAAAAAUCUCUCAUUUACUAACAGGUUAUUUACUAUAAAAACUAUUAAUGAUCUAUUAGAUCAUUGAAUGGAAUUUUAUAACUAUAAAAGUCCCAUCAAUUAACUUCAGAAGGAAGAAGGAACUUGGUGUGUUUAGUGGGUGAUUUUUACUAGUUAUGUAUUUGGUGGCUCUAUUUUCUUUAGAUAAAAAUAAACAUGUUCUUCUCACAUUCCUUGAUGCAAAUGAGAAGUUAAAUGACUCACUCUAAAUGACUUCACUAAUUAAUGACAGAGCUAAUAGUAAAAACCAAAUGUUCUCCCCUCCCACCACCUACUCCCAUCCCAACCUCACCCCCAAGACUGUACUUGUCUCUGUACCAUGAUGCCUCCAGCAAGGGUGAAUCUUAUUGAACUUUAGGAAAAACUACAGUAUUCUAAGGGCAACUAAAUAUUGUAAUUUUAUAACAAAAACUAUCUUGUUUCUACUUUGAGAAAGAAAAAAUCAUUUGGAUAUUUUGUUACUCAUUCAGGAGGUAAUUUUAAGCACUUAAUAAUUGUCAGACUUUGUUCCAGGCAUAAAACAAACAAAAUCCCCACUUUCACAGAGCUUACAGGCUAGGGUAAUGGUGUGGAGGACUGAGAAAAAGACAAUGUAUUU